GCUAUAAAGCCACUCAAGCUAUCGAGUCCACUUACCCCCUAAGCUCAAUCUAGAUGUCCACUCAAACCAGACCCAUUCAGCCCAGCCAGCUUCAGACCAUUCCUGAACGCUUUAAUCAGCUACAUGGUGCGGCAAAUGCAGACAACUACGAGACCGUUUUGGCUCAGCUUAUCGGACAGCUCUCGUUGGACGACAUUCAGGGCCUAGAAAGAAUUCAAAGAGAAAGGGAAAGGUCACGGACGCAGCUGACAGAUCGCGAAAUAGCCUACGGCUUGUUUCUAGAGAAUGCGAGAGAAGUUAUUACUUUCAACAACGAUCGCGCAAUCGCUCAAAGGCUGUUUAACGAACAACAAAACAAUGCAAGGGUCAAUAUUCAGCCAGCGAAUGCUACCAGAGCCAGGGCCGCAGAACCGCCGCAAAACUUGAACAACGUGCAUAACAGGCAACC